UUAAUUCUAUAUGCACUGUGAAGUUGAACCACGCAUUAAUAGAACCAAAACAAGACCUUGCAUUAAUGAAUUUGAAUGGAAAUGAAAUGAUUUUAGUGGCUUUGGAGAACCAAAACCAAGAGAUUGCAUUAUUGACAAAACUGGCAAGUUAAGGAACUUCAAUCACAAGAAACUGUCCAGGAAAAAAUGUGGUUCUUUGAGAGGACGAGGAUGAAAAUUCGGUUCUUGGUUUGUUGAUGGGGUUUCCCCUGUUUGGAGCCCAACUGCAAAGAAGAUUCUGGAUUGUCUUCAAAAGGGUGUAAAUACUGAGAGCAUUAAGGGUUCUCUGGAUAUGCUUCAAGCAUCUCUUAAAAUAUGGGAUGACAUUUUAACUGUGUCUGUUCAACUCCGGAUGAAGAAACAGUGGAAUUCAAUUAUUUCGGUGAGAAUAUCAUACUACUGCCAGUGUGUUUGGUUUAGCGUUGGAAAAAGUAAUUUUGAAUAGAAUUCAUUCUGAAAAAAUUAAAUAUGGUAAAAAAUGAGUUAAAAGUUGCGAUUUAAUCAUUUCGGUGAGAAACAUCGCAAGAUAAUUAAUUUUUCAUGUCUCAAGGGAUUUCCUUUUCAGGAUUAUUCAUGUCAGGGAUGUAACCAAGUUACAAGGAUGAUUCUGUCUGUUACAACUUUUCUAGUUUUAAGUAGAUGGAUACUGCUAGCUCCUUCAAGCAAGAUGUCAUAUGCUAUAAUUUACUGAUAUGUAGAUCCUUUUGGGCAAAAAUUUCUAUACAAGGAGGCUGAAUCUGCAUAUCUUCAGCUUCUUGAGGCUAGAUGCAUUCCUAAGCCCUUCUUAUAAAGGCCUACUGCAUGUCUGGGCUUCUAGAAAAAGCUGAAGCUGUCUUUAUUGAAAUGCGAAAUUAUGGCCUUCCUUCAAGUAUGUUAUCUGCAUCAACUUUGCAUACCAUUUUUCUAACUCUUGCGUAUAAUCCAUUUAUGAAGUGGAAUUUUGAUCCUUGAAAAUGGCUGAACAUUUAUCAGAAUGAAAUAACAUAGUUGCAAUUGUAAAUAAUUCAUAUAUAAAUGAAUUAAUGAAAGGAGGAAAUCCUACCAAAGCAAAAGAGAUUUUCCUUAGGAUGAAGCAGGAUAGCUGCAAACCAUCUACUGAAACUUAUACCAUGUUGAUAAACUUAUAUGGAAAGGUGAGUUUCUAAGUUUUCUCUUUGUCUACAAUUUUGUUUUCUAAUGUUUCAGUCUUUUUUUAGUUGUUUUGAUAUUUGAAUUUUAUGCAGGAUGGUAAACCUUUUAUGGCCUUAAAAGUGUUCAAUGAAAUGUUGAGCCAUAAGUGCAAACCUAAUAUUUGCACAUAAGUGAAUGCAUUUGCCAGAGAGGGGCUGUGUGAGAAAGUAGAAGAAGCAUUUGAAUAAAUGCAAGAAGCUGGGCUUGAACCUGAUGUAUAUGCUUACAAUGCCCUCAUGGAAUGGAAGCUCACUGUGCUUGAAAUUAGCCUUAUGGCCUUUUACAAGAGCUAACUUAUGAAGUGGCAUUGGCUUCCUUUGCUGUGUUGAUAGCAGUUGUGCAGGCUUUCCUUUUGGAGCAGCAGAAUUUUUUUCACUAAUGCAGCACGUGAGGUGUGAACCGGAUAGAGCCUCCUAUAAUAUCUUGGUUGAUGCAUAUGGCAGAGCAGGUUUUCUAAAUGAUGCUGAAGCUGUAUUUGAAGACAUGAAAAGAGUGGGAAUAACACCAACAAUGAAAUCCCACAUGGUACUUUUAUCUGCCUAUUCCAAAACUGGCAAUGUGAGUAAAUGUGAGGACAUUCUCAACCAAAUGUGCAAAUCUGGCCUGAAACUAGACACUUUUGUUCUCAACAGCAUGCUGAACUUGUAUGGACGGUUAGGCCAAUUUGGAAAGAUGGAAGAAGUUUUGACAGUGAUGGAAAAUGGACCAUGUGAAGCUGAUAUUAGCACAUACAAUAUCUUGAUAAACAGGUAUGGUCAAGCUGGAUUCAUUGACAAAAUGGAAGGCCUAUUUCAAUUGUUGCAUAGUAAAGGUUUGAAACCUGAUGUUGCGACUUGGACUUCACGUAUUGGAGCAUACUCUAAAAAGAAGCUUUAUGUAAGGUGCUUAGAAAUUUGUGAAGAAAUGAUUGAUUCUGGCUGUUACCCUGAUGGAGGAACAGCUAAGGUGCUCCUUGCAGCAUGCUCUAAUGAAGAUCAGAUUGAGCAGGUUACUACUGUGAUUAGAACAAUGCACAAGGAUAUCAAAACUGUUCUGACACCAGUAUAAGUUGCUUGAACUUUGAUAUUGUAGUCAACAAUAGUGUAUUAUAUAUCUGAAACUUUCAUUUAAAAAAAAAGUUCCAUCCCCAGUUAGCAUUUCUUGGCCUAAUAGUUGACAAAAUUUGGACCUCCAAAGAAUAAGAAUAUUUUAAUACUCUCCAUGCCUAUUUAGCCAACAAGACUAAUUUCAGUUGGGAAAAUUAUGAAAGCCCAAAACUAUACAGGAGAAUGAUGUUCAAUUUUGUUUAGCUCACUUCCAAACUAGAUUUCCAAAGCUCCAUCAGGAAGAAGAAAAGCAGAGAAAGGGAACA